AUGGACUUUCCCACUAAGCAGGGAACCAAGUAUGGUGUUGCUAAGGUGUGUGUUGAGAUCACUACCAAGACUAAUAUGAUCAACAAACUGAGCAUCACCCCUGAAGGGCGCCCUGAGAUGUUGGUGGAUGUGGAGUUCUGUCAUGUGCCGCGGAAGUGUGAGAAGUGUAGUGUAUUCGGGCAUGACUGUGAGAAUUUGGGAGGAAAGGUAAAACGUGUUUGGGUGGUGAAACAGCCGAAAGUGCAGGACGUGACUUCAAUGGGAUCGAAGGGUAAGGAAAAAGUGGAAGAGAUGAUUGAAGCUCGGGCUGAAUCUAGUAUACAGGCCUUGGUUGUUGCGGAGUCUGUAAUAGAGGAGCCUGCAAUGGUAGUGGAUGAAGGGUGCAGCUCUGAGCCAGUGCCUGAGGAUGAUGGUUUUAAGGUUGUUACAGGGAGGAAGCACAGAGUUAGGGCUCCUGAUCCUACGUCCAAUGCAAAGAGCCCGUGGAAUUUGUCAUCUAAUCAGAAGAAGGUACAACUGGAUGAUAAUGCUUUUCCCUCAUUGAGCAAGCCAGUUUGGAGAAUGAGUAUUGAGCCACCGCAGCCUGCUAAAGGUAGGGGACGGGGCAAGAAGAAGAAAUGA